UACUACUAGCAGCCCGACCCUCCUAGUCUUUACAGCCUAUCUGCUUCAUAAGCUGCCAUAUGUUAAGUCAAAAAUCGAUUUUCCCUUUGGAGAAAAUUCCAGCAGUUAGGAGUAUUAACAAACACUAUUAAAAACAAGCUUCAGCUCGGUGCGAGAGGAAAGCAUUAUUUUUCCCCUCGUAAAGACAACAGAAGAAAAAGGGAAGAGUUUGGUUCACCACUCGUCAGCAGCCCCAGGGACAGCGAGCUACGCGGGAAUCUCCUGGGAUCCUUGACAUAUCUUUUGUUCACUUCCCAUCGUUACUUUUUUGGCACGACCAAGCGUGGACGCUGAAAGCGCCGGUUUAAAGAGUCAGCUCUCACAGCUGGGGAGUCGGACUUUAAGAAAGAAAAAAAAAGAGAGAAACAAAAACAAAAGCGGUGCCGGGGGAGCGGCGGGAGCAGGCUGCGGGGCGCGGGCACUCACGGAGGGCGGUUGGGCGGCGGGUAACGGCCCGGCUCGCACCGCCGCCGCUCAGUCAGCGCUGCGCUGUGAGUCAGCGCUCCCCCCCUUCUCUCCUCCCGCCAGGCACAGCCGCGGGCCACGCAGCCCCGCGGGCGGCGGAGAAGCGGCCUCGUUGGCCGGAAUUGCUCAACAGCCGCCCGCCGCGUGCGUCCCUCGAGCAGGAUGUAACAGCUGUUUUAUCUCCGGCAAGGUCGCUGUAAUGACGCUAUGUAAAAAUAGUUACGAGGUGCUUGGGAGGGUUUGCUGUUGAAACGCGGCUGCUUCCCGCUCGGAGGUGAAUGCUCGUCUUUGUGGACGUACAAGCCAGGAGGCGGAGGGGAGGAGAAAGGGGGGGAAGGAGCGCUGUUUUGCCGUAGGACUCCGUGAUUUCAUCAGCCGCCAGCAGCGCUGCCCCGCAGCACGUGGCCCUGCAGCAGUACAACAAACACACGCGGUAGUGCAGCGCUGAGCAGCGCGUGGCUGUCCACGCGCGAACCGUCCCCCAUCCCUUUCCUUCCCCCCCUCGGUUCUGCGGGCAGCCCCGGGCACCGGGAGAGCGAAGCAGAGCCGCUGGCGGGUCGCGUUUGUCUCAUCUCGGGAGGAAAAUAAACUGUUGCUGCACCACGUGCUUGCCCGAGAGGGAUGAGUCAAGCCGAGAGACUUUUUCUCUCUCUACAAGCGUGUGUCACAGCAGCAUCCACCGAGGGGCGAGGGGGGGGAACAGCCCGGUGUAAAAAUAACCCCGAAAAGGACGCGCCUGCCCGGGGAGGGGGCGACGGUGACACCGGAGGGGCCCUGCGGAGCCGGGCGGGGUGUGGGGCUCCUCGGAGGGCUCCGCACACACUCUCCUUUCUUCUCGGCGGAGGAGUGGGUGGUUCAUCCGGCAGCAACAGGAGGAGGCGAGUCAAGGGCAGCUGUCAAAACCUCCCCCCUUUCGCUCGGCCCCUUCUCCUUCCAGUUUAACGAUCAAACAAACGCCUGCUUGCCUGUCUGGAAGAAAGGCGGGCGGGCUGCCGAGUGAGUGAGUGUGUGUGUGUGUGCAGGAGCAGCAGCAGCGUGCCCCCCGGCCCUCCCUCCCUCUCGCCGCGCCUGGGAGGGGAGGGGAGAGGCGGCGGGAGGAGGGAGGAGGCAGCGCCGCGAGUGCGAGCGUAGCUCCGGGUGACUCUGUCUCAGUCACUGCGGGAAGGGGGAGGGCGGCCGCGCGCACCUUUCCCUCCCGUGCUUUCUCCCACUUCCACGAGGAAGGAACAAAGGCGAAGCGAGCCCGCGGCCGUCGGAAAGCCCCCAGGGAAGCGGAAUCCCGCGGCUCCCUGACAGCAACGCGGCCCCGGGCCGGCCGCCUAGCCGCUCUUCUUCGCCGUCCUCCUCCUCGUCGCCGAGUUGAGAAUCCGGGGAGCAGCGUCCCGUUUCGCCUCCCGGAGCGCGGCGGUCAUCGCCGACACGAUGAAAAGUAAAAAAGGUGUAGUUGCAAUAUCAGGCAGUGAAACAGAAGAUGAUGACACUAUGGAUGUCCCACUGGAUCUUUCCUCAUCUGCUGGCUCGGGCAAACGGAGGAGACGUGGCAACCUACCCAAAGAGUCUGUGCAGAUUCUUCGGGACUGGCUUUAUGAGCACCGAUACAAUGCUUAUCCUUCAGAGCAAGAAAAAGUGCUGUUAUCCCGGCAAACACACCUUUCCACACUACAGGUCUGCAACUGGUUUAUCAACGCGCGCCGCAGGCUCUUACCUGAUAUGCUGAGGAAGGACGGCAAAGACCCAAACCAGUUCACCAUCUCACGGCGGGGGACCAAGCUUCCUGAAGGCAGCAUGAUGGAGUCCUCCAUGGGCACAAAGAACUUCCUUCCCUUGCUGGAGGAGAGCCCCUUCCUCCCCGCCUCUGCCACGCUCAGCAAGACUGUGUCCUCUUCCAAGCCUGUGUCCCCGGGGUCUGUCCUGGCUCGGCCCUCGGUGAUUUGCCACACGACUGUGACUGCGUUGAAAGAUGCCCCUUUCCAUUUUUGUCAGCCAGCUGAUGUGGGCCAGACCACGGACCUGCAGCAGCCCCCGGCCAACGCCUUCACAGACAGCUCCCUCUCCUACCACGAGGAUGCCUCUAAACUGGGACCUGGUGCGAAUGCGCAAAGCGGGCUCUUUAACACUCCUCCUCCAACCCCACCAGACCUCAACCAGGAUUUUAGUGGAUUCCAGCUACUGGUGGAUGUUGCACUCAAAAGGGCGGCAGAGAUGGAGUUGCAGGCAAAACUCAUGGCCUAAAUCCCCUUCCUUCUCUUUCCCCAUUUUGGUUGUUUUGUUUUUUUUUUUUUU